AUGAGUUAUCUGAACCGUUCGCGAUUCCUGAUCAAGUCUCUGUCACGGCUCAGCUCCACCCUCUCCUCCGCCGCCGCCACGAACGGACUCAAAACUCACAGAACAAAGCUCUGCAUCGUCGGAAGCGGCCCCGCGGCUCACACGGCGGCGAUAUACGCAUCGAGAGCGGAGCUAAAGCCUCUCCUCUUCGAAGGAUGGAUGGCCAACGACAUCGCUCCGGGCGGCCAGCUAACAACCACCACCGACGUCGAGAACUUCCCCGGAUUCCCUGACGGCAUCCUCGGCUCCGACCUAACCGACAACUUCCGCCGCCAAUCAGAGCGAUUCGGCGCCGAAAUCUUCACCGAGACGGUCACCAGAGUCGACUUCUCCUCCAAGCCGUUCAAGCUCUUCACCGACUCCAGAGCCGUCGUCGCCGACGCCGUGAUCCUCGCCACCGGAGCCGUCGCGAAACGCCUCUCCUUCCCCGGCUCCGGCGAAGGCUCCGGCGGUUUCUGGAACCGCGGGAUCUCGGCGUGCGCCGUGUGCGACGGAGCCGCGCCGAUAUUCCGCGGCAAGCCUCUGGCGGUGAUCGGCGGAGGCGACUCGGCGAUGGAGGAGGCGAUUUUCUUGACCAAGUACGGGUCCGACGUGAGGAUCAUCCACAGGAGGGACGCGUUCAGAGCGUCGAAGAUUAUGCAGCAGAGAGCGUUGGAGAAUCCUAAGAUCGGUGUGGUGUGGAACUCGACGGUUGUGGAGGCUUAUGGAGACGACGACAGUGGGGAGAGAGGUUUGCUUGGAGGGUUGAAGGUGAAGAAUGUGGUUACUGGUGAGGUGGAUGAUUUGAAGGUGAAUGGAUUGUUCUUUGCUAUUGGUCAUGAGCCGGCUACGAGGUUUUUGGAUGGUGCGGUUGAGCUGGAUUCGGAUGGUUAUGUGGUGACGAGGCCUGGGACUACGGAGACUAGCGUUGAAGGUGUUUUUGCCGCUGGUGAUGUUCAGGAUAAGAAGUAUAGGCAGGCGGUAACAGCUGCAGGAACUGGAUGCAUGGCAGCGUUGGAUGCGGAGCAUUACUUACAGGAGAUUGGAUCGCAGCAAGGUAAGAGCGAUUGAAGAAAUGCUCAGAUCAAGUCUUUUGGUCGUAGAGAGCCAACCGUUGAUCUCUGAUUGAUUAUUUUUAGCAUUAGUUUAAGGGGCUUUGAUUUGAUUAUUUCUUAAUACUGCAGUUGGAGUUGAGUAGGGAAUUAGGGAUAUUGUUCAGAGCUGUAGCUCCAAUGUUAAAACUAGCUACGAGCCUACCACAAAAAAAAGUCCAUCAGAUUGGAUUCUCAGAUAAUGCAUUUCAAUUCAUAA